AUGGGGGGAUUGUUGAUUUUGUUAAAGGCAGUAAGUAUAAAUGUUUCAUUCAUUUGUUUUUGCGUCCCAUUUGAACAGGCUCGUGUCAGGACAAAGACCGUGAAGAAGGCCUCCCGUGUCAUUAUUGAGAAAUAUUACACACGACUGACAAAUGACUUCCAUACCAACAAACGUGUAUGUGAAGAGAUUGCAAUCAUUCCCAGCAAAAAGCUGAGGAACAAGAUUGCUGGGUUCGUAACUCAUUUGAUGAAGAGAAUCCAGAAGGGGCCAGUGAGAAACAUCUCUAUCAAGCUCCAGGAGGAAGAGAGAGAGAGAAGGGAUAACUACGUUCCUGAGGUAUCUGCUCUUGAGCUCGAAGUUAUUGAGGUUGACCAAGACACAAAGGAGAUGUUGAAGGCUCUGGACUUCGCCAAUCUGCCCAACCUGCAAGUGACCCCCCCAGCUCCCACCUUCUCUGGACGUGGACAGCCUCCUUCUGGGCCCAGGAACUAGAUGGGGAAUUCAAUAAACAAUUAGAGAAUGUAA